AUGAAGACCACAGGACUUUUCAUCAACCCAGAAAAUCAUGUCCCCACCCUUGAAGAAAUGAAGCAAACGUAUGCGAAGAAGCACGGCUCCAUUUUAGAAAAGGUGUCAGUACUGCAGUCUCGAACCCUACUAAGGCUUAUUAUCGGCGAAAACGCUUUCCAGUGGAUUCAUGGGACUUCCUUUAGUGAAGACUUACACAGGACAGUAAGAAUGAUAAAAGAAAAGCACGAAAAAUUGCAAGCGGUGCGGAUAGCAACAAGUUGUUUCCCGAAGUUCUGCGAGAACGUCAAAGACCGUAUAGAGGAAUAUGCGUUGAAAGAGCCUGCUCUAGUGUCUUUCAUGAACGGAGUGUUGAAUUAUGUUUUUCCAAAGGAUCUUCUUCCGGCUCAACAGCGAACGAUCCUAAUCAAGUUCAUUACUGAUCGAAUACUGUCGUGGCAUUCAGGGACAUCCCUUUUAGCAGCAAACGAGUCGUAUCCAUUGCUCGAUUACGCUGUUAUCGAAAAAGAAGUUAAGAAGAACCUCAAAAGAAUUUGGGCUCUCUGUAACAAUGAUAAGUAUCUGGCCCAGGAGCUACUGGAUGGAAUAACCAGCGGUCUUACCCACUUUAUCGCUCUCUAUGCACUGCACACAUUGAGGAGCCAAACGAAAGUUGGCUUGCAAGGUGAUCUUGCUAGUUUUUAUUUUAUACCAACGUACUACAAGAUCAAAGAGAAACUUAAAUCCAUAGAAAAUGGGAAAUCUAGGAUACCAAAUCAGUCCUGGGGAAGCAAACCUUCGGAAAACGAUACCUCUAGCUCUGUCGAUCCUCCGCAUAAGGAGUCGUCGAACAGUGUUUCUUCCACAUCAAAAAGCAAAACGUCUGCGCUCCAAAAUAUACAGAUUGCUGAGAGAAUACAGGUGUCAACUGUUGAGGAACGGGUGCAACGGCAUGACGUUUUUCAAAGUUCCGCAGGUCCAAACUUGGUCGACGAUAUAAAUCCGCUCCCUCUGAAACGUGUGAAGUUGGAAACAGUGGGAAAAACUCCUCCUAAGUUGUUUCCGCGAGACCGUCCACCUGAUGAUAUUCCAGUUUAUGACUACACAAAGGUGAAGCGCGAGAAUUUUGAUAUUAAAUUUGCACAGAUGGAAACUGAAUCGCGCAUUUCGAACAGCUCCUCAUCGAACUAUGUUUCUGGCUCCGGAUCAGCUUCUAUUGGCGAAUGGGAUGAGGUGUUACGUAGCAUUAAUGCGGAUCCCGGUGUUCCUGAUCAGUACAAGGUUAUGUUUAGGUGUCUUGUAAUGAGCAACAGGGAUUUACGAGACCACAACAAAAUUUUACGAUCUCAGUUAGAGAAAAAUCAGCAAUGA